AUGGACAAGAAUUACUUUAUGAACGCCGGAAUUUCGCCGUGGACAGAAGUGGCCUGCGGGGCCGAUCAGUCGUUCAUCGAGCCCAACCAUGACCAAUUCUCGUACUUGGACUCGUCCUUGGCCCUCCGUGAACUGAUCCGGAAGCUCGGCGGCGACGUGGGUACGCCCACUGCUUUUCCGGCGGCAGGUUGCUCCAACUUCGCCAGCACCACCACCACCACCGACAGCAGCUCCCUAGCCUCGCCCAAGCUGAAUCUGCCGAUCGUGGACCAAAUGAGCAUCCCCAAUUUCGGGAGCAUGGCAACCCUAGCCCCGCCUCUUCCGUCGCUCGCGGCCGAUCCAGGGUUCGCUGAGAGGGCGGCCAAGUUCUCCUGCUUCGGCAGCCGGAGCUUCAAUGGCCGGUCCCAGCCGCAAUUAGGGCUGACCAGCAAUGGAGAAAUGGGGAUUAGAUCCGGCAGCAAUCCAAUUUCCUUGGCUAACGGUAAAUUAUCCCGCGUUUCGAGCAGCCCGACCCUCAAGCAAGGCGGAUCGGCGAGUAGGAAUUCAGGCCCGAUGGAGAUUCCCAGGCCCGGGAAAAUGGGGUCUGAGAAGAAAUUAAGUAAACUGUUGGGGUCGAAUGCUAAUUCUUCGAAUGAGGAGUCCUCCGUUUCGGAACAAAUCCCGAGUGGUGAAACGGGCUCCAAGAUCUCGAACGACAUGAACUCUAGGAAGAGAAAAUCUGGUUCCAGGGGGAAAUCUAAAGAUGGAUCAAAGGUAAUCGAAGGCGGUGAAGAUGCAGAUGCGAAACGUUCAAAGCCGACUGACGGAGGGAAAAUUGAGGCGAAAACAGAAGAGGAAACGUUCAAAGGAGGCUCAAAUGAGGAAACCGAGAAAAGAAAGGUCGAUCAGAAGCCGUCUGAGCCACCAAAGGAUUAUAUUCAUGUCCGAGCAAGAAGGGGCCAGGCCACUGACAGCCAUAGUCUAGCUGAAAGAGUUCGUCGUGAAAAAAUCAGCGAGAGAAUGAAGCUUCUCCAGGAUCUUGUACCUGGUUGCAACAAGGUGACUGGGAAAGCACUCAUGCUCGAUGAGAUCAUUAAUUACGUACAGUCCUUGCAACGACAGGUCGAGUUUCUGUCCAUGAAAUUGGCCUCGGUCAAUCCAGGCCUUGAUUUCAACAUGGAAAAUCUUCUCUCCAAAGAUAUGUUUCAGCAAAAUGCAAUCUCUCUGCCCCAACAAAUGUACCCUUUGGAGUCCUCUUCGCCAGCAGCAUUCUAUCAGCAAAAUAUACACCAAAUGCAUCAUAAUCAGAACAAUUGUUCAAGCAGCAUAUUGACCGGUCCGUUGGGCCAAUGCACAGUGGGCUCUCUACCUAUGGAUGCUCGCAGUUUAGGAAUUCAUUUGCCUUCCGCUGACGGGUUUAACGAUAUCAUUACCCAGUUUCCUUUAUUCAAUGAAGAUGAAUUGCAGAGCAUUGUUCAGAGGGGAUGUGUCCAAGAUCCAGUUAACUUUUCUGGAAGAGGGCCCCUCUGUAUUUUAUAG